UUUGUGGUAUCCCAAUUAUACCAUACUUUUAAAAUGUUUAACCAAUACUUACUUAAAACAAAAAAAAUUGUUUGACAUUUUGGGAGAGUGUGAUUUUUUUUUUUAUUUUAUUUUAUUUUAUUUUUAUAUUGUUACCACUCUCUUGCCUGUAUGGUUAAUGAAGCUACAGAUGGAUAAUGUGUGGGUGGUCUAGGCAGCUAGUGAAAAACAGCGGCAUCACCUGGAGUAGCUCUGUCUGUUUUAUGUUACAGGCUUCCCUAAUACAGUGUAAAUGGAAGCGACUGAUGUCCUGAGACUAAGGGUCAUCCUUGAUGAUGUCAAUGCUGAGAGGCUUAUUUUGCCCUCUCGUCCUGAGACUGUAAAUGCCCUCAUAAUUGAGAUAAAAAAAUAAGUUGAACCUUGCCUAUGACUUUCGGCUUCAGUUUCAAGACCCAGAAUUUGACAAUGCCCUAUGCAAUUUAGGAAACAUCGAGGACCUACCAUCCAAGGCAACCAUUAAGAUAGUUAGAUAUCUUGAGCCAGAUCUCAGUUCAACCAGCACAGAUGAUACACUGUUGUCUGAUAACACAGAUUCACUAGAUCGUCUUUGCCGAUGGCCAGAGAUCUUUGUUAUUCCAACAUUCUCCUACGAGGUGGAGCAUGCUCUAAGAGAGGGCAACUAUGCAUUUGUCAAAGAGGGGAAAACUCUAAACUUGACUAGGGAUCAAAAACACAACAUACUGGAUGGAAUGGCUGCUGAAAUAUAUAAGCAUAAAGCAUAUCCCAGUACCAAAAAUAUUCUCAUGGCUGCAGAGGCUCUGGUGCGCAAAUACCCCUGCCUAAAAGAAAAAGGUUCCGGAACAGGGUAUGAGGGUUGGAAGAACAGCCUGCGCUUCAAAAUGGGCAACUACAGGACCAAACUGAGCAGGGCUGGCAUAAAGGAUGUGGCUGUGAAUGCUGGAAAACGUAGCAGGACCAAUCCAGAAGGUGCAGCAUCCAGGGCCAAAAUCAAAAGACCCAGAAGAGGAGAAAUAAACUUCAUGCCCAAUUAUCCCCAAGGAGAAACUAAGGACACACUGGAGAACUUGAGGCUUGAGAUGGUGGAGCAGUUCAAGAAGACCGUGACUGAUAGAGACAUGAUUAUCAUCCAUCAACAUAUGCAGCGUACCUUUGCACUCAGGCGUGAAGAAAUUGUGAAUUCAGCUCCUCCCAUUGCUGAAUUGAAAGACCGAUGGCCUGCACUCUUUUGUGAAGCCCAACUCUACAGUGAAUUCCACAGGAUCACCAAUCAAAAUCUACUGUAUUCCUUCUAUGCUGCACUUGACAAGUACACACCUCAGCUGUUGAAGCUCUACAAAAAGAGGAAGACUGGAAGUUUUGGUGAGAAGAUGGAAGACGUUUUGAGGGAAUAUGAGGAACAGGUACAAACAUUUUUAAAACAUUAAUGCAUUAUAUUGAUGUUGAAUGUGAACAGAACUGCAGCCCCCAACAUGCAUACCUUGUCUUUGUUUGUGCAACAGGACAAGAACAACAUCACUGCAGCUCGAACAGCAGCCCUGGCUGGCCUACCGCUGUACUUAAAGGAGGAUUCAUCAGAGGUCUUCAAAACCUGCAAGGAUGAGUUGGAGUCAAUCCAGGAUGGAGCAGUGGCUCUGGUGGCAGUGGUGAAUGAAGAGGAUGUGCCUGCUGGAGUUCCCUUUGAAAGUCACCACGUGUCAAUUGUCCUUGAGGAUCAGGUUGUAAUGUCUCACAGAUCUUGGACUGAUUCAUUGGUGAUUUUGUUUGGAAUGAUCUAUGCUCUUCAUUUGAGCUAUCCUGAGAAGCUAAGUGGCUUCUUUGAGUUCAUCCAGGUUAUCCUCUUAAACCUUGAUGAUGGAAGAAAGCAGCUCAAACCUAAGUUACAAGCCUUGAAAAAUGAGCUAUAGAGUAAAUGUGUUAACGCUUUUCUGUAGAAGGUCAGUAGUGUUCUGAAAAGUAUCUUUUUGCUUGCAAUCCAAAAACGUUUCUGUUUAGAUUUCUGUGUUGCAACAGAUACUUGUGUACAUAAUUACAGCUGGGUUGGUUGGCUUUCUACUUUCUACUAGCUGAAGUGAGAAACACGGGCACUAAUUUAGAAACAAACACGAUACUCUAAAGAGUUUUUCUAUAUUUCUUUUAAACAUUGUUAGGUAAUAUUCUUUCUAAAUGUUGCCUAAAUGUUCUUAAUGACAAUACAGUUGCAAAUAACUUGAUAGUUAUAAUUUGGAAGAGCCUGGGUUCAAGGUUUAUUUUUUUUAUUUAUAUUUUUUUACUACAAUGUGUGUCUGCAUUGUGUGGUAUUCUGUGGUUUCUUCACAUUCUUUUUAAGUUUAA